GAGACAGGGAAGAAGGUGUAUACGCAUAAGAGAGGGAGAAAGCGCUCGACCGGGAGGUGACGAAUAUCUCCGUCUCCUAUUAAUUUUCUCUCCCCACCCCACUCUUCUGAGCUGGAUCGAUAAUCCCGUCAGGGGAUCGGUUGAAGUUGAAGUCACUCAAAACAGACGUAUCGACCUUUCCUGGAUAUAAGAACGUGAGUGGGGCUGCAGAAGGAACCGAGGGUGAACCGGCGUGCUUCUUGCCUAUAUCGCUCUACCUGCACUCCAAGACAUGCAGUUUCUACAGUGCGCGGCUUGAAAGAGCCAGCCGAAAGAAAAUGUGUGCGUAUUGGAUGGUCUGCUCUCCUCAUAAACUUUACCAAUUGUGCUGUAGCAAGUAGCCAUUUUCUUUGGAUAUUGUGGGAAGCCCAAUCUAGAAAAGGCUUAUUUGGUGAUUACGGUAAGAAAUCCGAGGAUGCAAAUCGUUAAAUAUAUCUUUGGAAUUAUGUCCUCUUGAUUUGACGGUUACGGUUGGAGAAGCGGUUACGAGAGAAGACAACCUCUAGUUAUUUUGAGUGACUCCGAAAUACAUGGAUGUGCAAAUUCAGUUCCGCGAGGGGUUAACUUAAUUGUUCAAGGCGGCAUAUGAUCUGUAUAGGCGCGGCGGAUUUAGUGGUAAAACAGUACUGCCUCUCCAGAGCGCGUCCUCCCGGGAAAGAGUGGUCAGAGCAGGCUGAGCCUGAGGAAUGCGGUCUCAGUUUUCCUGCAUCUCCACCUCACCUGCGAGGACUCUUUGCUAUACAUAUCACAUUGAACGUUAACCGGGUAGAAGGCCGGUGACGCGAACAAUCAUGUUGAGACAACUCCUGCUGAAUUCCACCAACGCACCGGACUUCGACAUUGGGAUGGCUCACCACACACAAGCGCCCGGAUCCGUUAACACGUCUCAAGGCUCGGUGAGCAUAGCGGCCUUACUCAGGCCCACGGGCAGCAGGGGCGGACUGCGGGAGAGCGGGGAGAUGAACAAACCGGAUUUGGCCACCUACUUGGUUAUCUGUCUUGUGCUGUUUCUGCUUGUGCUCCUCAUCGUUUUCUUCAUCAACUGUCAGCUGAGGAACUCCUUCUUCGCCUCCAUGCCCUAUGAUAGGUCACUUAGAGAGGCCCGGACCUCUUAUAAGUAGAACCAGUGACCCACUUGAAUGAAAACUUCUGUACUAGGACUGUAACGUGCUUUCGAACGUGGUCAUAUGUUAUAAUGACGAUUUGGGGGACUGCAUGGUAUAACUGUGCGUAACCGUUAAGUGUUCGUUUGGCUCGCUAAGACAGGGGUCUAUGUUACAAAUUGGACUAAAUGUCACUCUAUGUGUAUAUAUUUUUUUGUAUAUGAAACAUUUUGUAUUACUGCUCUGUAAUGAAUUUGCGCUCUGUUGUGGUAACUUCGCAGCUUAAAGUUGAAUUAAUUGUAUUGUGUGGAACCAUGAUUAAAUACAUAUUAUAUUUGUCCACGGAGUUCAAGAUAAAUAAGCUAUAUGAUAAUCAUGCGUCAGUUAUCAUGACGUGAUGUGUUGACACAGAUUGAUAAUUGAAUGUACUAGGGACAGAUCGGGGUUUUAUGACUACAAUCCCUGCUUAUCACGAGUUUUCAUUUAGUUUUUAAUUAAGCCUUCACUCACAGUUUAUAUACGAGCGUAUUUUCGCGUGGAACGAAUUGCCUAACACUGAUACAAAUCGGUCAAGCCAAUUUUGCAAUUCCUACCCAGAAAGAAAGGAACAUUCACUGUUCUAGUUAGGAUUUUAUCUAACAUUACGAUGAUAACAUGCCAAAAAUAUUUGGAUCAAGUUUUGUUCUUCAGAAUAAAAACGUAAUUUAAGGUAUUUGGCGGUAUUUGGCAUAAAAUGCAUUAAAAUGUUGGGCACAAUACCACGAAACGUUCCUCUAACGUUCUUCUUAGGGUUCCAGCUAAUGCAGCAAUAACAAAAAAAAAACUCUGUGAAUGGUCUUGCAAAAUCAGGCAUGUUUUUAAAAAUUAUGAAAUAGGGCAAACAAUUUCGGUGGGAACACUCAAAGAACAGCUUUUAGUUUGUUGUGUAUUCUUUUAUGCACAUCGGGCCACACUGACUACCCAGUGCCACGCCUCUUAAUAUCUGUUGUUCCAAAACACACUUGGUAAUCAGAUUCAUAUCUUCCAACUCUGUAGAUGCCAAAACAGUAAUGUCAACAGAGUGAAGAUGCCACCAAAGAGAAUUUGACCGAGUGGGGAGGUCACAUAUUUUUUGCCUUACCCUUAGGUGUAGGUUAAAAGUUACAUUUGGGCUAAGGUAUUAAGCUAUGGUACAGGGUUAAAGUUAUUGGUUAGC